CUAUGUUAGUGCAAUUCUUCAUUUUUAGCUGGUUAAGUAGGAAUUUUUUUUUUUUGAAAUUAUGAUAUUAUGUUCAUCUGAAAGUAUGUUUAUAAAUAUUUCAAAAUGAAUUUGCUGCAGGUUGGUUUGGCAAAUGUCUUGGAGCGCAUUGUUGAUACCCUCAGAGAUAAUACUGAGGUCUCCUAUCUAUUCCUGAAACCGGCAUCCAAGAAGGAGCCUCCCGACUACCUGGACAUUAUAGCCCACCCAAUGGAUCUAUCGACAAUUAGGGACAAGGUGAGGAGGAUGGAGUACAAGGACCGAAAUAAUUUCAGACAUGACGUUUGGCAGAUUGCGUUCAAUGCUCACAAGUAUAACGAUGGGCGCAACCCAGGUAUUCCCCCCUAGCCGAUCAGCUUUUAGAACUAUGCGACUACUUGUUGGAACUUGGAAGAGUAUCGUGAGAGGCUAUCUGAUGCAGAAGCUGGUAUUGAAAGUAGGGAUCCUUAACAGCAUUUUUGUCUGGAAGACCAAUUAGCUAGAGAAAAGGGUAUACUCCUUUUGCUUUAGAAAAAAAAAUUUUUUGGUGGGUCUCAAGGGUUUGGAAUGAGAUUAAUGUAAUGUGUACUUGGAAGAGGAUAGUGAGCACUGUAGUUUCAUCCCUCUUUCCUUUUGUAUAUCUGAACCAUCAUCCUGUCUAAUAGUGUUUUGUAUGUUCAUAAGAUUUUUCUGCUUCUAACUACCAAAAAAAAAAACUCUGUUGGAGCAAGCAGCUCUUACUCUAUUGUGCCUUAAUUUUGGACCAAGUUCUUGGGUCAUCUUGUUCGAGAAGUUAGACCUAGUCCUCAUUGCAAACGAGUUCUGACCAAAUGAAAUGCUGCUUGUUUGUAAUAAAGAUACUUUAACUGG